ACAGCAAAAAGCCAUUUCCUCCACGCCUUCCCCCCACCAUCCUCCCCCCCAGCCUCCUCCUAUUUCUAUUUGAAUGAAUAGUGACGAAGGGUUUGAACUGAAACCUAGUAUUCAUCCUACUCUCGCCGGCAAAUUGAAACCCAACAGAUCAGGCCGGCAAGGGAUUUUCAUGCAACAAAGCCUGGCUUCGUCUUCUUCGAGAGAAUUUGGUCAGUGAUGUCGCAGGUCGGGGAACCCAGUCCCGCUCACGUCCCGUUCAAGCAGUUCGCUCUUAAGGCCACUGAUUACGCCGCCAAGUUGUUCAAAGGCGCGGCGUUGAUCGUCCUGGUCGCCUCUGUUUCGCUUGUGCUCUACUUGGCCUUCACGGACCAACGCCGGUGGAUUCAGUUUCACUGCCCGGAGUGUCUGGGCCCGAACAGGGACUCAGCCCCCGAGCCCUGCGACGAGACCCGCAAUGUCUCGGAUCACGGACCAACCAACAUCUCCCACGUCGUCUUCGCCAUCGGAGCCUCGGCAAGGACAUGGCACGACCGGCGGCAGUAUUCCGAGCUGUGGUGGCAACCGAACGUCACUCGCGGAUAUGUCUGGCUCGACGAAGAACCCGACCCGAACACCACAUGGCCCGAUAACUCCCCCCCGUACCGGGUCUCGGAGGACUGGACCCGAUUCAGGUACUCGAGCUCGCAGUCCGCGGUCCGGAUGGCCCGCAUAGUGCUGGAGUCCUUCCGGGUCGGGCCACCCGACGCCAGGUGGUUCGUGAUGGGUGACGAUGAUACGGUGUUUUUCACGGACAACCUAGUCUCCCUAUUAUCGAAUUACGACCACCGGCGAUUGUACUACGUCGGCGGGAACUCGGAGAGCGUGGAGCAGGACGUGAUGCACUCCUACGACAUGGCGUUCGGCGGCGGCGGAUUCGCGAUCAGCCGGUCGCUGGCGGCGGAGCUCGCCAGGAUACUGGAUGGUUGCCUGGAUCGGUACUACGGAUUCUACGGCUCAGAUCAGAGGAUCUGGGCGUGUGUAAAUGAGAUCGGCGUUUCCCUGACUAAAGAGCGUGGGUUCCACCAGAUUGACAUUCGAGGAGAUGCAUACGGUCUCUUAGCGGCGCAUCCCUUGGCACCAUUGGUCUCACUCCACCACCUUGACGCCGUAAAUCCGUUGUUCCCCGCCCAAACCCGGCUGCGGUCGCUGCAGAUGCUGUUUCGGGCAAACAGGGCCGACCCGGCCCGGCUGUUGCAGCAAAGUUUCUGCUACCACCACCACCCCAAGCACAACUGGUCUGUUUCCAUCUCAUGGGGCUACACUGCCCAGAUUUACCCCUCACUUCUGACUGCAAGCGAAUUGGCAACACCACUUCGGACUUUCCAGACGUGGCGGAGCUGGAGCAGCGGGCCCUUCACGUUCAAUACCCGGCCCGUGAAUCCUGACCCGUGCGAGCAGCCGGUUGUUUACUUUGCGGACAAGGUUGAGGAGGUUGGGCCGCGCCAGACCCUGACCACUUACAAGAUCAAUGUGGCUGAGUCACAGAAGAAGUGUGGCCGGCCAGAGAUAUCCGGCGUGAAGAGGAUCGUCGUUUUUGCGCCGAAAAUGGACCCGGUUGAAUGGAAGAAGGCGCCACGGAGGCAGCGCUGCGAGGUAAUUGAAAUUUUGAAGAAGACGACGAUGAGGGUGAGGAUCAGACGCUUCAAACAGUGGGAAACCAUCACUACUUCGAUCUCCGACCGGACAAGUCCUUGAUUACAAGACCGUAUCAUGUAAAUAACCAGAUUCAUUACACUUACUGUCCACUUCAUUCUCUGUUACUUGGUUACUAUAAAAUAAGGGGAGGCCCGUUGAAGUCUCCCCCUUUUCUUCAACAACUCCCUUUUAUCUUGAUAUAUAUAUAUAUAUAUAUAUAUGUGCACCGAGAAGAACACGGCGGGUUAAUU